AUGUAUAUAAAUAGUGGAAUACCUUGUGUAAAGAAACAAGUCGAAAUUCUUAUACAUUGUGUAUUGUUGAUUUUGCAGAUUAAGAAUUUUACACUGGAUCUUCUAAAAAGAGGCUCAAAAACAUGGGUGCCUACACUACUUAAAGAGCUUAAUACAAUGUUCACAACUUUUGAAGCAGAUCUUUCAAAAUCCAAUACAGCUUCUCUUCUUCCUGCACUCCAAAAAUUCCUCUUUAACUUCUUCUCCCUCACUAUCCUCGGCGCUGAUCCAUCAGUCUCCCCGGAAAUCGCCAAUUCUGGCUACAUCUUUCUUGAUUCAUGGCUAGCUAUUCAAUUAGCACCUACUGUCAGCAUUGGUGUCCUUCAACCUCUUGAAGAAAUUUUAGUCCAUUCUUUUGCAUACCCUUUUUUUCUUGUCAAAGGUAAUUAUGAAAAACUCGUUCAAUUCGUCAAAAAUGAAGCCAAGGAAGUUUUAAGCAGGGCACAAACAGAGUUUCAACUCACAGAACAAGAAGCCAUUCAUAACCUUUUGUUCAUUCUUGGGUUCAAUGCUUUUGGUGGCUUCUCCAUUUUCUUGCCAACUCUUUUGGGAAAUCUUGGAGAUGAGAAAAACGCGGAUAUGCAAGAGAAACUGAGAAAAGAAGUGAGAGACAAAGUCGGCGUAAAUCCAGAAAACUUGAGUUUUGAAAGUGUUAAAGAAAUGGAACUUGUUCAGUCUUUUGUUUAUGAAACACUUAGGCUUAGUCCACCAGUACCAAGUCAAUAUGCAAGAGCAAGAAAAGAUUUUAAACUGAGUUCACAUGAUUCAGUUUACGAAAUCAAGAAAGGGGAACUUCUUUGUGGUUAUCAGCCAUUAGUCAUGAAAGAUCCAAAGGUGUUUGAUGAACCUGAAAAGUUUGUGUUGGAGAGAUUUACAAAGAAAAAAGGGAAAGAAUUGCUGAAUUAUUUGUUUUGGUCUAAUGGUCCACAAACUGGGAGACCUACUGAAUCAAACAAGCAAUGUGCUGCUAAAGAUAUGGUUACUCUAACUGCUUCUUUGAUUGUGGCUUACAUUUUCCAAAAGUACGAUUCUGUGAGUUUCUCAUCUGGUUCACUCACAUCUGUGAAAAAGGCUAGUUGAGUUCUGGGCUGUGUAGCCGCAAAAUUUAAGCUUGCUAGACAUGUUGAUCAUAAGUCAUCGGUGGCUGGCUUUUCUUUCCUCCCCCUAUUCUGUAAUAUAAUUUCACAAAUAAAAGUUCAACAUGAGUGUACUUAUUUUCUGUUCUGACUUAUGACUAUUGUCUAUCCUCUUACAAAUAAAGUUGGAACACGAAUCUAAGUUAUAAUUA